GAGCCAACGUGAUCUCUCCUGACAUUUUACCCCGCCCGGUCUGACGAAACAGUCGAGGCAGGAACGGUGCAGAAGCUCUGGCCAAUGCGCUGCCCUCACCUAAAAGACCUCUCUGCCCCCGCUCGUCUCUCCUUUUCCCCUCCCUUUCUCCUUUGUCCAACGACAUCCGUUCUCAAGCGUACAGCACUCCUCCGACCAACAGCCAUCUCCAGUCUCCAAAGAGACAACUCGAUCACCUGAUCCUCGCUGCUCCAGCACAACAAGCAAUCCAACAUGUCUGAACCGCUCACCAAGGUCGACUCCGCCGUCCAAGGCAUUGACACUGCACCUGCCGAUAAGUCCAAGGAGACCAAGCACCGACGGGCUAGCUCAAGCGCCAAUGGCGUCAUGAACAUCAAUGAUCUCGAGGCCCAGGGAAUUGAGCUCAAGGUUGCCAAGGAGACGCAAAAGACGGGGUGGAAGAUCAACACGUCCCCUACAACAAUAGAGGACAAGGAAAUCCUGAAGAAAAUGCUCACAACACCACCGGUCAAGAAGAUUGACCUGCACUUCCCUCUAGGGCUGGAGGUAACAGCACGGAACCUGAAGGGUGUCACCAUCAAGGACGCACUGGAUGCGAUCCACAAACAAUUCAAGAAGAGGGCCGAUGACGAACUAGAUCUGCCGUACCUGGCGGGCUUCGAGUGGGACAAGGAGGAGUCAUGGACUCGGCUGGUUGUACACCUGCAGAAAGAUGCCGGCGUAGCGCCGUCAAGCAAGAAGAAGAAGAAGGGUGGGGAAGAGUGAUGAAGAGACGUCGCUCUGCAACCCCCUCCUCUCAAUCAUCUGGCUGCGUUUUGUUUUUAGCAUGGACUAAGGAGGAAGCGAUCUCGCAAAUGUAAACGCACCAAGGAGGGGGCAACGAAGCUUGAACUUCUGUGCCAGCAAUCUAUCAUUAUUGUCGAAUCUUGCUAGGGGUAGAUGGGCCAUCUCGAUGACGGGGUAGAAACGGUCUGCCAGUAGAUGCCUACGCGCAACCAGCUCCCUGCGUGUUGAUCAAUCCAUCGUAUUUCUGGCUGUGUCGCAUACUUGCGUAUAUGUCCAUCUCUUGCAUAAUGGUGUUGGCGUUUAAAGGAGACGCGCAUGACGCCGUUCAGGGGCUUGGUCAAGCUGAAGCGGACUAAAUGAUGAUACGAAAUAUGGAUUGGUGAAUUGGUCGGUUCGGUCGGCUCACGAUCCCG